GGCUAAAACAUGGCGAACUUUUCCAACGAGUUACAAUCGAUCGUCUGGCAGACGUUAUGGAAGGAGGGUAUUGGAGAGUAUUGGACAGAGUAUCUCUGUCCAAAAACGUGAAGGAGAACUCUAAGUGGUUGAUAGAGAAGAAAGCAAUCUUCAGAUGCUCGUUCAUUUUCUUUCAACGUCUACUUUAGUAUGGCGGCCGUUUCUUUGUCGAAUUGCUUGACACUAAAUUUAUAUGAAUGCUACUCCCAGUUCUAGGGAGUCAAAAAUCAACCAACAGAAGCUUGAUCUCUACGUAGAGAGCAUAAUAGAAGCCACUGCAUCAAGCUUGCAGGAUGUUGUUCUGAGGGUAUCAAGCAGCACCAAGCAGUUAGACAAAAUUUUUGAUAAUGGUUCUCAAUCAUCUUUAAAUGUGUGUGGAAUCUUGACAUCAUCGUAUAGUGAAGUGACUCCAAGUGAGAGUCUAACUGCAGUCUGUGAGCCUGAGGAAGGAACUCUAACAGCAGUGCCUGUUCAGGAGAGCUCUGAUCCCCCUGUUGAUCAACCUCCCCAGUCCCCAUCAUCACCUCAGCCCAGAGCAAAGCAUAUUAAAUCUCACAGGUUCAAAUGGCCACGAAAGUCUUCAGCAGUAAGGGCAACAACAGAGGACAUUGAGAAAGUGCCUAUUCAGGAGAGCUCUGAUCCCCCUGUUGAUCAACCUCCCCAGUCCCCAUCAUCACCUCAGUCCAGAGGAAAGCAUAUUAAAUCCCACCAGUUCAAAUGGCCACAAAAGUCUUCAGCAGUAAGGGCAACAACAGAGGACAUUGAAAAAGAGCCUGUUCAGGAGAGCUCUGACCCCCCUGUUUAUCAACCUCCCCAGUCCCCAUCAUCACCGGAGCCUACUAAGAAGAAUAAUAAAUCCCGCAGGUUCAAAUGGCGACGAAAGUCUUCAGCAGUAAGGGCAACAACAGAGGACAUUGGGAAAGACUCACAGGUUGGAGUACAUCGCAUUACUUUUGAAGAAUCGCAUCCUUCAUGUGAAGAGUAUUUGGGUUUUUUCACAAAAAGCGAUCAUUGUGAUCAAUCAGGCAACGAUGUUUUCCUUUUGAACACUGGGAAGCUACCAGUAGUAUCAAAACUGUUCCAAAGGUCAGAAUCAAAGAGGCUUGCUGACAAUCUCUGCUCAAAUGUAGAAGAAUUUGUCCGCAAAAAUCUGGUGACAGACAAAUUCACAGUCAUUAUUCAUGGAGAGGACGAUGGCACGAAAUUGUGCUCCCUUUAUUUGGCAAAGAAAUUUUACAGACUAUUAAAGACCAGGUUCUUUGAAGGAUUGAACUUUUGCAUCAUUUUAAAGGCAAAACUCUCCCUAAAAGCAGUCUUCAAGCUUGCCAAACCAUUCAUCCCGAACAAUGUGAAGCAAAAGAUUUCUAUGGUAAAUGAUGUUGGUGAACUUGUUGUGUUUCAUGGUAUACCAGAGACACUUCUCCAAUAUACAUGCUAGUUACUACAGAUACCAUGUUAGGGUUGGGGGGGGGAACGUUUCAUAUUGUCUUUUAUUUGUUUAUAUUUUGUAAACAGAGAUUCAAGUUCUGUCAGAUUUUUCAAUACUUCACUAUACCAUGUCAGGGAUGGGGGGGGAAUGUUUCUUAUCGUCUUUUCAUUUCAUGUAUCAAGAUUAUUCUAAAAUAUUCUGCAUACCAAUGUUGCAUGCCGCCCAUGGCAGAUUAGUUGUCAAGCUGUUGCACAGUGAUAACAAGAUCAUGUCAGUUUUACACAGUUUCUUCCAGCCUUGUCUCUGUUGUGAUCAGUAGGAAGCACUGAAAGCAAGAGCACUGAAGAUACAUUAAUAGGGAAUUUUUUAGGAUAUACAAAUUGUAGAAACGUUUUUUAGGGUUUUGAAAUUUAAUAGUAUCUUCAAGAGAAUAAGUCAUGACUAAGGUUUAUUCUUUUUAACAUGAAGAAGUGCAUAAUGUAACUUCCAUCAAGAUCAAUUGUGUCUCCUAGUGUUACAUCACAAAGUGGCUGCAAAGUACAUUGCAUGCUUAUUUCUUGCAGAGACCCUUGAGAAUCUCUUUAAGAAGAGUAGCAUAACAACAGCUCUCUCUUUCUGUAGUAUUGAUAAUUUUAUUUAGUACCAAAUGUGACAGCAACCAAUGACUGUGCAUCAUGCAGACUGUUAAAUAGCUAAUCAUCAGAAAAUGGGCAUGAUUUUUUUAUAUAUGAAAAAAAGAAGUGAUUAUUGUAGAAUAUGCAUUCAGCUAGAGUUUUCAUAAGAACUUUCACAAGAAGUUGGACAUAUACUUUGUAAACGUAGCAUAAUCAUGAAGGGUCCAAUUAAAAUGCAAGAUAAUUACUUCAAAUUUCGCCAGACUUCUUUCAAAGAUGUAUAUUCCCUGACCUUGAGGAAAUUUUUAUAUCCCUGACUUUUCCCACAA